AUGUUUCAUGGUCGACGAGGACAACGGGGUGGAGGUGGUCGUGGUUAUGGUGCAAGACCGAGUGGUCGUAACUCUUUUUCGCAGUCAACAGGACCUCCAGACAAAAUGGGUACUUUCCUUCACGCUUCUGAAGGUGAUAUGGUUUGCCUUUCGACAAAUAAAAAAAUACCGUAUUUCAAUGCUCCAAUAUAUUUGGAAAAUAAGCAAUCGAUUGGCAAAGUAGAUGAAAUUCUUGGUCCUAUGAAUAAAGUCUACUUUACAGUCAAACUUCAAGAAGGUAUUGUGGCGACAUCAUUUAAACUAAAUGAUAAAGUUUUUAUUGGUGAAGAUAAAUUAUUACCACUUGAAAGAUUUUUACCUAAACCACCUGCACCUAAGAAUAAAGUCCAAAAGAAAGCAUCGAAUGGUCGUGGAAAUUUCAGAGGUCGAGGUUUUGGCAAUGCAGGAUUCCGUGGCGGCAAUGGAGGAUUCCGUGGCGGUCGCGGCAACUUUGGAAGUCGUGGCCGUGGUCGUG